AUGUACAUGAUCAAUGUCCAGACCGUGGCUCCUCUCAUCGUCGGACGCCAUCGUUACCACGGAGACGCUUCACUGCACAUCUGCAAACACACACACACACCUGGAGGAUCCAACGGUCUACAGAGGAUCCAACGGUCUACAGAGGAUCCAACGGUCUACAGAGGAUCCAACGGUCUACAGAGGAUCCAACGGUCUACAGAGGAUCCAACGGUCUACAGAGGAUCCAACGGUCUACAGAGGAUCCAAUGGUCUACAGAGGAUCCAACGGUCUACAGAGGGUCCAAUGGCCUACAGAGGAUCCAACGGUCUACAGAGGAUCCAACGGUCUACAGAGGAUCCUACGGUCUACAGAGGAUCCAACGGUCUAUAGAGGAUCCAAAGAAACAGUUUCAAACACGGCCCGAGACCACUCUGGACCAGACCGAGACCGCUCUGGACCGGACCGAGACCGCUCUGGACCGGACCGAGACCGCUCUGGACCGGACCGAGAGCACUCUGGACACACAACAUCUGGCUCUUGGGACGUGGAACGUCACCUCACUGGGGGAAGGAGCCCGAGCUCGUGGGGGAGCGUCCUACAUCCACCGAGCGUACUACAUCCACCAAGCGUCCUACAUCCACCGAGCGUCCUACAUCCACCGAGCAUCCUACAUCCCACCGAGCGUCCUACAUCCCACCGAGCGUCCUACAUCCACCAAGCGUCCUACAUCCACCGAGCGUUCUACAUCCCUACAUCCACCGAACGUCCUACAUCCACUGAGCGUCCUACAGCCACCGAGCGUACUACAUCCACCGAGCGUACUACAUCCACCGAGCGUACUACAUCCACCGAGCGUCCUACAUCACCGAGCGUCCUACAUCCACCGAACGUCCUACAUCCACGAGCGGCCUACAUCCACCGAGGCCUACAUCCACCGAGCGUCCUACAUCCACCGAGCGUCCUACAUCCACCGAGCGACCUACAUCCACCGAGCGACCUACAUCCACAGAGGCUUACAUCCACCGGGCGUCCUACAUCCACUGAGCGUCCUACAUCCACCGAGCGUCCUACAUCCACCGAGCGUCCUACAUCCACCGAGCAUCCUACAUCCCACCGAGCGUCCUACAUCCCACCGAGCGUCCUACAUCCACCGAGCGGCCUACAUCCACCGAGCGGCCUACAUCCACCGAGCGGCCUACAUCCACCGAGCGUCCUACAUCCACCGAGCGGCCUACAUCCACCGAGCGGUCUACAUCCCACCGAGCGUCCUACAUCCACCGAGCUUCCUACAUCCCACCGAGCGUCCUUCAUCCCACCGAGCGUCCUACAUCCACCAAGCGUCCUACAUCCCUACAUCCACCGAACGCCCUACAUCCACCGAGCGGCCUACAUCCACCGAGCCGCCUACAUCCACCGAGCGACCUACAUCCACCGAGCGUCCUACAUCCACCGAGGCCUACAUCCACCGAGCGUCCUACAUCCACCGAGCGACCUACAUCCACCGAGCGACCUACAUCCACAGAGGCUUACAUCCACCGGGCGUCCUACAUCCACUGAGCGUCCUACAUCCACCGAGCGUACUACAUCCACCAAGCGUCCUACAUCCACCGAGCGUCCUACAUCCACCGAGCAUCCUACAUCCCACCGAGCGUCCUACAUCCCACCGAGCGUCCUACAUCCACCAAGCGUCCUACAUCCACCGAGCGUUCUACAACCGAACGUCCUACAUCCACUGA